AAAGGGGCUGAAGCGCGAGCCGUAAGACUCGGUGCACGGACACGGACAGCUGUGUGCGCGCGCGCGAUGAGAACCACCGUCCCGGGGUUUAAACGGUAAUGUUUAAGCGUCCUUCAAAUUCACUGGAUUUUAUUUAUUUGAGAGAGACUAAAAGGAUUUUCUUCCUGAAUAAGAGACAGAACACCGCUUGGAAGAUUUUGGGCAAGUUUAACGCAAAGCAGCGUUACAUUAAUGAGCUCGGGGCAGCAGAGGUCUUACAGAAAAGCAGCACACCUCUGAAAGAACAAGUAACGAGAGAGGAAGAGAGAGAGAGAGAGAGAGAGAGAGAGAGACGGUAGUAAGAGGGAGAGAGGAACAGAUUCAUAUAUCCUGGGCUGAGUGUCAGCAGCACCAUGAAGCCCUUCCUCCGUCUGCUGCUACCCUUGCUCCUCUAUCUCCAGUUGGCAUCCUGGGCAUUGUCCAGUGACUGUCCAAAAGACUGUUCCUGUUCAAGUCCAGAAUCCAUUUUCUGUUAUACACGCCAGGCCACAAGCAUGCCUUCUGACGUGCCUGCAUCAACAAAAAACCUGUAUGUCUUCAAGAAUGGUAUUGAGACCAUAGACCAGGAAGAUUUUAUUGGGUUGGAGAGCCUAGAGAUGCUGGACCUAAGUCAGAACAAGCUGAAAGAACUACCAGAUCGUGUGUUUGAGCCACUAUCUUCCCUACGUAACAUCGACCUUUCAUCUAACCAAAUCACCCAUAUUUCUCAGGAGAGUUUUGCUGGGCUGGAGUUGCUGGAAAGGCUGUAUCUUCACACCAAUGGCAUUAAGAGCAUACAUCCUGCAGCUUUUGAUGGUCUGGAGCAGUUACUUGAGUUAAAGCUGUACAGAAAUGAGCUGACAACUAUACCUGCUCUUAAAAUGCCCCAUCUGCUUCUGCUGGAUCUGCGGUUCAAUAAAAUCCCUUCACCAGGGCCAACUGACCUUCAGACACCCAAAUUAGAGUCACUUAAGUUGGGUGGAUUAGGGCUGAGCACUCUGAAUCAGGAACUCUUGGGUAGCUUCAAGAACCUUCACGAGCUGGAUAUUUCAAACAAUCGACUGAAAGUUUUUCCUCGAGUGCUGUGGAAGGCAAAGGGUUUAGUCAGACUCAGCUUAGCUGGCAAUCCUGUAGGUCCUUUAAAGUGGGAACAUUUUGAGAACCUGAAUGAGCUGCAGGAGUUGGACAUCAGUAACCUCAGUCUGCAGAGCUUGCCUGAUAACAUGACCCUGCUCUUCCCUCACAUGGAAAAACUUACUGUUGCAGAGAAUCCCUUUAACUGCCUCUGCACACUUGCCUGGUUUCCCAACUGGCUGCGUAACAAACAGAUAUUGCUGGGAAGGACAGAGGAGACCCGCUGUCAUUUUCCACCCCGAAAUGCAGGAAAGGUGUUGGAAAGACUAGGACAUCAUGACUUUGGAUGCCCUGCAAGGACUACUAUCAGUCCAGCUAAAACCACCACAACUCUGGCCCCACCUCCGAUCACCACUUUGCAUAGCACAACACAUGCAAUUCCCCCUCUUAAGCCUAGCGAUGAGCCUUCUUCAGAGACAGACAAUCAUCCUCUCCCUCCAGUCCCAGCUUCCCCAAGCAGCAGUACAGAUUCAGAUCUGAAUGUAAAUUUUUGUCCAUCCAGCAUCUGUCUAAAUGGAGGCACAUGUUGGCUAGAUCAUCAGGGUUAUUUUGGGUGCACUUGUCCACGUGGGGCUUCAGGAAAAUAUUGUGAGAAUAAGGAGGUUUUGGCUCUACCUGAAAAUGUCUCUACAGCAACAGUCAGUGGGAUGUCUGAAAUCUUUGCAACAAAGGUAACAAGCUCAUCAAUACUGCUAGACCUUUAUCGCUACAUUGAGAGGCGUCCAUAUAUCCGUGGUGUCAAACUAACUUAUAAAAACCUCUCAGGAUCAGAUAAACGUCCAAUGCAACUCAACAUUCCACCCUUUUACGCAGAGUACACAAUACGUGGACUGCUUCCAAAUUCCACAUAUUUCAUCUGUGCCAGUCCACUGGAUGAGCCCAGCGAUGUAGACAGUGUAUGCACAGAGGCUCAGACAUUAAACCAGCAGUACACCAGUGCACAUGUAGAAGAACCACAGCUUACAACAAUGCUUGUGCCAUCAUUGGCUAUCCUUCUCCUGUUAGUGCUGGUGGCAGUUGCUGUUGGUGUAGCUUGGUACAUGUACAGAAAAAAACGAACACAAUUACACCUGUAUUGUGACCCUUCCCAAUUGGAAUUGGAGGGAGUUAAAGUAGGUAUGGACAAUGGAGCCCUGCCCCAAAAGCAGCCUGAUAUAAUGUCAUCUCAGUCAGCAGUGCAGAAAGAUUACUUGGACUAUGAGAUGCCACUCAUACAAGAUUGCUGUGUUGCAAACAACAUGAACACUGUAAAGCCAUCCUGAGAUUGCUAUUUGGAGCUACUUAAAGGCAAAGGAAAAUAAAGCUUGAACACUAUUACCUUGUCAUCACUGUUUCAGCAAAAGAAACAAAAGACAAAUAUAUGAGAAAUGCUGCCUGUUUAAGCGACUUCAGUCAAAACCAACGGUAUUUUUGGCAAAAAUGUAGCACAAAAAUUGAUGGUUGAACCAUCAAGGCAUUAAUUUGCUGAGUAGCCCACAUGUGGAACUCAGGAGCAUUUGUGCUUGGAGAACAAUGUCGAACAGUUGUGUCUGAAAAUGAAGAUGAGGACUUCUUUAGUUACUUAAAGACUGAAAAUUGUGUUGCUUUUAACUGUGGCACAGGAAGUCAACACUUUUACACAUAUUUAUGUAUAUUACUGAUUGUAAUAUAUGUGUGUUUUUGAUAUAUAAAUACAAGUUCUACUUUACCUCUUGUGACUAUGAUGCAGACAACAAAAUCCCAAAAUCUCAGAAGAUAUAAACAUGCUUGUUCCAACAAGACAAUCAAUAUCAACAAAGACAGACAGUCUAAGUAGCUAAAAGAUGAGAAAUGACAUGAAAUUACUAAAGCUCCUCUUAGUGGAUUUCCAGAAACAGGGGUUACUAAAUUUAGAAAGUUAAAUCCUCAUUUAUUUUAUUCUCUACAUCAGACAGGUGUAAACAUUUUCAAAUAUAUUUAUACCUUUCAUCCAACUACACUAAUGAGUAAGCAGUAACAUCCUCUGUACCAUAACCAAUAGAGACAAGAGUUUCCUUUAUCUCACAUAAUCACGAAAGAUCCUACUGUAACAUACAUUUCAAAUGUCUGUAUGUUUGCAUACAGAUAUUCUAGUGAGUACAGUUUCUUUACUGAUAUUUAAUAAGGUAAAAAAGGGAAAUUAGCUGAGUAAUUCUAUGAUUGUGGAGUCAUUCAAAUCUCGCUGAUGUUACAUUUACAGAGAUGUAUAUAAGUAAUGGUAAAAUGCAUUUUUAACACAGGCAAAGCAGUACAACACUUUCCACUUCAAAAUCUAAUCAUUAAGUACUUCGGAGAUCAUAUUAUGUUUGCAUUAAUGUGUGAAUCCAUUUAACAUCUUGUGCUUGAGCCAUUUUCACGAGUCACCCAUUAAAGGUUAUGCAAAGUUUUGUGUUCACUCAGUCCUGUUAACACCUUCACCCUUAUGUCAUUAGCAUGGAUUCAAGUUAACAAAAUUUGGCCUAUUUGCUAAUUCUAUGCUAACUCCCCACCACCCACCCACCCACAACUCUUGUAUUUAUUCCAGCAACCAAAUAUAAAAUUGACCUAGUAGACUGAGAUUGGUUAACACUUAUUGAAAGGAUAAAUGCAUGUUUCCGUAGUGCCAAUGUAAACAAUAUCUAUUUUUGAGGGUUACAACAAAAUAAAUAAAUAAGAAAUGUAAAUGGCAACACAACUGUUAAAUCAUUAGCAAAGCAUUUUGCUGACACACCUGCCCAAGCACAAAAACCACCAAAAUAUCCAGAUCUAAUUUUAAUCUAAUUGAUUAAUUCUAGUUGAAUGAGACUGGAGAUUCAAAAUGCAAAGACACUAUAGAGCCAUAUAAUCUCAUAUUAAAACUACAUUCAACCAAAAAUAGUAGAAGGGCAGAUGUGUUGAUUUGCUGGCUUGCCUCAGUGAGGAACUUGGCCAGAUUAAACAUUGGAUGGAUGGAUAGAUGGAUGAAUAUGCCAUUUAAAGUUAUGCUGGUCAAUGCGUAUAAACGUCUAAACUGGAAAACAAGUGUGAACAGUAUGAAGCAUUGAAAAUAUUUCUCUAUAUUUUCAAUAUGCAUGUUUAUGUUUUUCCCUAUUUUUGGGGAAGCUCUUUAUUUGUGUACUGUUUUUUUUUAAGUUGUAUAUAUUUGUACAGUAGCAUUGUGUAAAAUAAAUUGCAGAUAAAUACCAAUAAAAAUCUCUA